AUCAGCCCCACUGGAGAUGGGGAGAGGAUAAAGUCACGAAGAGGUGGUUGCCGCGGCUUGCGAAGGAGAAGCAGGCUUGCAGCUGGAGCUGCCACCCACCCCUUCUGGCCUUCCGUCCGCUGCGAAGGACGGAAGAAACGAUUCCACGGAGAUAACGCCGGAUGCCGCCGCCGUCGGUGGCCUGAAACUUUACAAAGAAAGGGGGAACAAAGAAAGAGAAAGAGAAAAGAAGAGAAGAGAACCAUGCAGAUUACUAUUUCUUCUCCUUCUCUCUUACCUUCACCUCCUAGAAAAUUUCUACCGAUAAAGGUAGCCAUUGGGUCUUCUAAAUUCCAAAAGAAACAGGCACAAUGUUUCUUGGGGGGCGAAGAAAGGAGUGUUGGUACAUGGAAUUGGGAGGAGAGUAGAAGCCGGAGAGCUAUCAUUGCGCUCUCGUUUGUUUCUUCGGGCCUCUUGGUGGCAUUAGCUGCCUCUGGGAAGGUGAAAAGUAGAAGCCCGUAUGAUGAGAAACGCUUGUUUGAGCAGAACAAGAAGAUGCAGCAGGCAAACAAUGCGCCCGAGGACUUCCCAAAUUUUAUUAGAGAAGGUUUUCAAGUCAAAGUUGUGACAUCUGAUAACUAUGUAAAGCGUGACUCUGGACUGAUAUAUCUUGAUAUACAAGUUGGUAAAGGUGAUUGCCCAAAGGAUGGUCAACAGGUGACAUUUCACUACAUUGGUUACAAUGAAUCAGGCCGUCGUAUUGAUAGCACUUACCUGCAGGGGGCACCUGCCAAAAUUCGGUUGGGCAAUAAAGCAUUAGUCCCAGGAUUUGAAGAAGGAAUACGAGACAUGAGACCAGGGGGGAAGCGAAGAAUCAUCAUCCCUCCGGAACUUGGCCCUCCAGUUGGACCUUCUACAUUCUUCAGUGCAAAACAAUUCGAAGUUUUUGAUGUAGAACUACUCAAUGUGCAAGACUGUCAACGAAGAACCAUAGUGUUUUACUCUGAUGUCGUGUGCAACUGAGCAACCUUCAUAAUUUCCUUGAUAGUUAAAUGAAAGUCCUAUCGUGCUAAUUAAUAUUGUAUAUUCUAGUUGACCGGAGAGAGGAUUUUUUCCAAAAAUUUAGAUAUCGGUUUGACAAUUAUGUUGCAAGGCGUAUAAAGACUUCUUGAGCAUAGUUUCUAUGCCACAUGAGCAGCUGAAA